CAGCCUUGAACCCCGCAGCCCCAGCGCCCGCCCGGCCGUCUUAAAGGGGCCGCAGCGGGAUCCAGACACCGGGCCGACCGCUGCCUCGGGACGGGCGUGAGGAGGAGGAGGGGCGGCCAGAGCCCUGGACCGCGAAGAGUGACCGCAGUAGCGAUCCAGUGCGGUGCACACGCCUCGACCCUGGAAGGUGGGCCUCAGUGUGCGCAGACCUUUGUCCUGCUGAUCCUCCCCAACUCUGUGCGUCCCUGUGCGGAUGUCCCCAGGUCUCCUCGUCCGGGCUCAACUCCAUACAGGUGCUGCCCGUCUCGACUUCACAGGUCCUUUCCCCUCACAGGUGUAUUCCAAUCCAGACCGCUGUCCGAUUCAUUCGUCCAUCCAGCCAUGCUCCGUGCGGAUGUGAUUCAGCGCGGGUGGCUCCCGUGCGCCCUCCCACGGGAACAUCCGUGCACGCGGCUGCUACACAGGUCUGCUCCCCUCCAGGUGCGCCCGCGGCGCGGCCCCGCCCCCGCUGGGCUCCGCCCUCCCAUCUAGGCUCAGGUGCACAAGCCGGAAGUGCGCUCCCCUCCCAGGUGCCCAGUCGCAGGUACCCCCGGCCCGUGAUGCGGUAGCAGUGGCACGCUCCCGUCUCGGCACCACCACCCCGGCGCCGAGCCCAUGGCGACCCCCGCGCUGGGGCUGCUCCUGGCGGUCGGCCUGCAGCUGCUGCCGGCUCGCUGGGGCCGAGCCUGGGCUCAAGCUGUCUCCACACCGGACCUGCAUUUAAAUGAUACCAGCAGUGUCCCGCCUACGAGCCCCAGCUCCAAUGGGGGCCUGUCCCAGGGGGCCAUCACCGCCAUCAUUGUGGUCUUCUCCAUCCUGGGCGUCCUGGUUGUGGUGGUGCUGCUGGUACUGCUGGUGCGGAAACUUCGGGAGAAGCGGCAGACGGAGGGCACCUACCGGCCCAGCAGCGAGGAGCAGUUUUCCCAUGCAGCCGAAGCCCAGGCCCCCCAGGACUCGAAGGAGACGGUGCGGGGCUGCCUGCCCAUCUAGGUCUCCUCUCUUCCAUCCAUCUUCCUCCCUUGCUGUGUAACCUUGGGGGGCAGAGGCAGUGGCCUCCCUGGGCAACCAGACUCACUCAGUGUUUAGGAUAGAAGGGGGGCGAGGUGCUUCGAAGUCUGCUCGGAGGGCAAAGGAGGGUGGGGCUGCUCAGUUUGUAUAUUAUUUAUAUGAAAUUGGCAGAGAGAAAGAUAAUAAAAGCUGUUUGAGCUGCUGCA